CAGCUGUUUUGCCAGCUAAUGCUACUGCAACAUUUGUACCCAUUCUACACAGAACAGUACUACAUUUUACAAGAGUGUAUCAUCAUAGGCACAGGGCUGACUCAUGUGCUGGGCCAAGUUAAAAACCGCUGAAGGGCUCAGUGAGCAGAGUCAGCUGUGGGACUCUGCUGAGAACCUCUCCAACUUUAAAGCUUCAGCCCUGAAUACUUGCGACAGAAACUUGGAUAUGGACUGCAUGGGGCUGUUGGUGCUGCUUUUGGUGCUCAACUUCAGUGGAGCAUUUUGUGCAGUGGUGCAAUGGGCAGAAUUAAAUGAAGCAGAGACAUAUUUAAGGCAGUAUGGUUACCUGAAUAGCCCUGCUGAUAUACAGGAUCCUCAUUACCUGGAGGAGAUCAUUGAAGCUCUCAGGGUAUUCCAACGGGUGAACGAUCUGCCACCUACUGGAGAAUUAGAUGAAGCUACCCUAGAUAUGAUGAGACAGCCCCGCUGUGGCAUGGAGGACCCCUUUAACAAGAAAUUUCACAGAUACAGAGUGUUGGGUCACUGGAGAAAAAGGAGUCUGACUUACCGCAUCUACAACUACACACCUGACAUGAAGAAGACAGAUGUCAGGGCAGCAAUCCACUCAGCCUUCAAGUAUUGGAGUGAUGUGGCUGCUUUGACCUUCAGGGAGGUCAACUACGGCAGAGCGGACAUAAAGAUCUCCUUCCACAGGAAAGAUGGUUAUUGCCCUGUUCCGUUUGAUGGACGUGGUCACGUGUUGGCUCAUGCUGAGUCACCAGAAUCUGGUAUUGUCCAUUUUGAUGAGGAUGAGUACUGGACAGAGAGAAGUUAUUAUGGUACUAAUCUGCGUAUUGUGGCUGCCCAUGAGAUCGGCCACGCCCUCGGCCUGGGUCACUCUCAGUACAAAAGUGCUCUGAUGGCAGCGGUCUACUCUGGGUACCGUGCUAACUUCGCACUGCAUUUCGAUGAUGUGAGAGGCAUUCAGGCGCUAUACGGCAAACGGGUCACCAGCACUAUAUCAAGUCCAACAACUGCAGACAGUCUGUUUGACACAGAAAGCGGCAGUGGUAGUGUGACUAUCCCUGACCCCUGCACCGCCACGCUGGACACUAUCAUUUUAGGUCCAUGGAGGAAAACCUUUGCAUUCAGUGGUGACUACGUGUGGACCAUCUCUGAUCUGGGACACAAUACACCAAUAAAAAUUAACAGGCUGUGGAAGGAGCUACCUGGAAACCUGAAUGCAGCUGUGCACUCUCCAAGAACCAACAAGACAUACUUUUUGAAAGGCAGUCAGGUGUGGAGGUAUACCAGGUUCCUGCUGGACUAUGGCUACCCCAAACAGGUGAAACAGCUCCCUCCUAACAUUGAUGCAGCCUUAUACCUGGAUAAGAACAAGAAGCUGGUCUUUAUUAAGGGUUCACAACACUGGCAGUGGGAUGAGCACACAUACACUACUCUCUACCCCAAACCGCUCUCCAUGCUUUUCACCGGAGUGCCAUCUAGUCCGGAUGCAGCAUUCACCUGGACCAACGGCAAGAUUUUCUUCUUUAAGGGAGAUGACUACUGGCGAGUCAAUGAGCUACUCAGAGUUGACAGAGGAUACCCGCUGAGCAAGAAGGAGCGCUGGAUGAGAUGCUAAGGAUGGACCAUCAGGGGGCAGCAGGCACCAGUGGUCUACAGCAGGGGUGCUGGUUCCACUCCAGGGGCACUGGCCACCACACAACCUCAACAGCUGUGAUCAAUUGUGAAUUAUCUAGCAUGAUUUUUUUUUUUUAAAGUGUAGGAAUUGAUUUUACUUCUCUGAAUCUGAGCUGGCUCCUCCUCCCCAAAGCAAGCUGAUUUUGGUGAGGCUUGUUCCUUGAGCAUCAAUGUGUUUUUGUCACAGCAAGAGUUAUAUAAGCUUUUACAGGAUAUGAUCUCAGGGAGAAAUCGAGGCCUUCUGUUUUUCUCUCUGACGUGUUGAAUUAUGGGUCUUCAGUUAAAUGUCAUAUGUUGAUGGGAGCGUGCGCUUUCUGGUCAGGUUUUAACAUUCUGUUAAACCAAACGAUUAUGUUCAGUGCUCUUAAAUGUAACUAAACACUUCCACUACCUUGUGAAUCACAGUAGUCUGUGAGAAAUCAUGUCUUGAUUUUUUUUAAGUGAAACUAACAUUUUAUUCUAAUAAACAAGACAAUGUCAAGCAGUAGAACUGUCUUUCUGCAGUGCCCUGUCACCAGUAAAGUGGCUCCCUUUCAAAAAAAACAAACCAAAAAUAUAGAGAGAAAUAUGUAAUGUAAUGUUCACUAUGAUGAAAGGCUGGUCUGUUCUGCAUGUGUGUUUGUCUGUAGUGAGGAAAAAAAAAAACCUUUGAAGGCACCAUGGAAACCCCGACCAAUUGCAGAGUAGGAAACCCUCCCCAUGACCUCUUUAUUGUCUAUGAAAAAUCUGGUGAGUAACACUGCCAGUGUUGCUAAGAGCCCAGAGAGACAAACAGUGCAACUGAUUUGACUCAGCCAGUGAGUAAAACACGUUUUGUAUCAAACACGUUGAUUUAUCUUUGACAUUUCUAUCAACACAUAUGUACAGAUUCAGGUAACAAGUGUGCUCCUGCAAAAUUCAAACAAUGUGGAUAAUUAAAAAUCUACAACAAUCUACAAAUUAACAACAAACGUUUUCUUUUUUUUUUGCAUUUUUUUUCCAACGCUAUGGGUACUUUGUCAAUAUAUAAAUUAAAUUAUAAAAAGUUUCUCCACAAGCAUACACAGCAGACUACAUUCUUCACCAACUGU